AUGGUGCUCCAAGCGAUCAAGUACACGCGGGGUCAGCUCGAAAUUCUCGACCAGCUUAAGCUGCCUCAUGCCGAAGGGUAUGAUCACAUCUACUCCAGCACCGAUGCAUGGCAUGCCAUCAAAGAGAUGCGAACUCGAGGAGCACCCGCGAUUGCCAUUGUUGCUGCUCUUGCUUUGGCUGUCGAACUCACAAACAUGAAGCUCUCGUCGGUGGCGGAGGAGGUACAAGUUUUCAUCACGGAAAAGUUGGACUACCUGGUCACAAGCCGACCAACUGCUGUGAACCUUGCAGAUGCGGCAGGGAAGUUGAGGAAGAUUACUGAAGACGCUGCUAAGAAAGAGGGAGCCAGUGGAGAUUUUGUGAGGGAGGCGUAUGUCAAAGCUGCAGAGCAGAUGCUCGUCGAUGAUGUGAGCGACAACGAGAACAUUGGCAAGCACGGCGCAGAGUGGAUUGUGAAGAACACAGAAGCUGGCAAGAAAGGGCCAGUAAGCAUGUUGACGCAUUGCAACACUGGGUCACUUGCAACUGCAGGGUACGGAACUGCUCUGGGUGUCAUCCGGUCGCUGCACUCCAGUGGGUCACUGAAGCAUGCAUUCUGCUCAGAAACCCGUCCAUACAACCAAGGUUCGAGGCUGACUGCUUUCGAACUGGUACAUGACCAGAUACCGGCCACCUUGGUCACUGACUCCAUGGCAGCGGCCCUGCUUCGACUCAGAGGCGGCAGCGAGAACAUUGCUGGCAUCGUUGUCGGUGCCGAUCGUGUUGCUGCGAACGGUGACACUGCGAACAAGAUUGGUACUUACUCUUUGGCUAUCCUUGCGAAACACCAUGGAGUCAAGUUCCUUGUCGCUGCACCAAGAACGACUAUCGACCUGAAGACCAAAUCUGGAGCAGACAUCGUCAUCGAGGAGCGAGCCGGCAAGGAAGUGACUCUGAUCAAGGGACCUCGCCAUGAUGGCGUCAACUUGGAUCUCGCAGUAGUGGAGACUGUCAGCAUUGCAGCGAACGGCAUUAACGUAUGGAACCCUGCGUUCGAUGUUACCCCUGCCGAGCUCAUUGAUGGUAUCAUCACCGAGGUGGGCGUAUUCGAGAAGGACAGCGAAGGCAUUUUCCAUUUGGAGGAGGCUUUCCAGGCCAAGGGUUCAGAGGUGAAGCCCUCGACGAUUGGAGGCUUGUAG